GAUCACCGCUCACUGCCAGCAAUGGAAACAUCUUCAGUCCUCCUUGUGUGCAUUCUGGUGACAUGUUCAGUUUGGACAGUCCACGGGAGAAGCUUCAGAGUCAACAUUGAUGAUCAGAAGCAGGUGGAGGCGGAAAUCUCCGUGAAUGCCGGCAAGCUUCCAGGUGUGUGCUGGGCGUGCAAGUGGGCUUUAAAGAAGGUGAAGAAAGUCAUCGGACCGAAUGCCACAGCAGAGAACAUGGCAUUGAAGUUGAAGUCCGUCUGCAAGCAAAUUGGCCUCUUAAAACUUCUGUGCAACAAAUUUGUGAUGAUGCACCUCGGAGAAUUAAUUGAGGAGCUCAGUACUACGGACGAUGUGAAGACGAUCUGUGUCAACACCGGAGCCUGCAAGCCAAAGGAGUUGUUGGACCUGCUCUUUUAUCCAAUGGAUGAGGAGUCAUCAAAUGAAAUGAAUGAAUAUCGCUAAUGUCGUAUGCAUGAACAAUAAUCAAGAUGCACUUAAUUUGUUUGAAUGAUACUCAGUACAUAAAAAGUAUAUGAUCAAGAAUCUCUUUCAGGGUUCUUUCUACUUUGCAAUGUCUGUAACAUCUAUUUCUAUUGAUGUGCACAGAAGAUAUCAAUAAAUGUUUUCAUUUCAAAUUUUCAAGAAUAUUCUUUGUCGGACGAGACACU